UAUAGAUACUUUUGGACAGUAGAUACAAUCCCAUGCCAUCGUCACCCUCGGCUCCGUCUGCUGUAUCUGCCGUUAUCCAUUUCUGUUUCGCCUAAAAAUUCCCACUUUUCCUCCGUUCAACUAGCGGUUCUGAAUCUCUCUCCGCUCUCUGGGAAAAGAAUUUCGUAGAUUACUUGUAACUUGGCUAAUUAUUGUCUACCGAUUAUUUGAGCUUUUUGUUUCUGACGGGUAUAGAAGAGUGAGUCGGAGGGAGGAGGGACAAUGACGGAGGCGUCACCGAAGCUGACGCCGGAGGAAGAGAAGCUCACUAUCCGAGACAUUACGGUUUCCGCCGAAGCCCAAACUAAAGAAGGCGAUACCUUUUAUUUACUCAAUCAAAGAUGGUGGCAGGAGUGGCUUGAAUAUGUGAAUCAAAGCCCAGCGACCAAUACAAAUAAUGGAUUCUCUUUUGACCACCACGAUUCUGUCGAUUCAAGUUCUUUGAAGGGACCGUCAAGCAUUGACAAUUCUGAUUUAUUGUAUGAAGUGACUUCAGAUAAAUCUACACCGCGGACUGAGCUUCAUGAGACCCUCGUGGAAGGCACUGACUUCAUAUUGCUUCCACAAGAAGUAUGGAAUCAGUUCUGUGCAUGGUACGGAGGAGGUCCUCCAGUGGCUCGCAAAGUAAUCAACUCUGGUGUCUCUAAAACAGAGUUGUCUGUGGAAGUUUAUCCUCUGCGGCUGCAAUUACAUUUGAUGCCAAAAGGUGAUAGAGCUACUACAAGAAUAAGCAAAAAGGAAACUAUUGGAGAACUCCACAAAAGAGCUUGUGAAAUUUUUGACCUUAAUCCAGAUCAAGUGUACAUUUGGGAUUACUUCAGUCAUCGGAAGCAUGCUUUGAUGAAUGAUAUGGAAAAGACACUUGAUGAUGCAAAUAUACAAAUGGACCAGGACAUUUUGGUGGAGGUUAUUGAUAACAACGUUGGCAGCAUCACCAGUUCUCUUCGGGAGAAUGGGACUGCUGAUAAUGGAACACUGGCUUUUGUGGAGCCAUCUCAGUCAGGCUUCUCAAUUGCUGGAGGAUUAUCUGCAAGCAAGGGUUCAUCUAGAAAUGGUGGUUCAUUGCAAAAUCUAGGAUCGGUUAGGGAAACAGAUAAGACAUAUGGGAGUAUUGGUGUUAGCACAAGGGGUUCUUCUUGUGGUUUGACUGGGUUGUUGAAUCUUGGUAAUACAUGCUUUAUGAACAGUGCCAUACAAUGUCUUGUUCAUACGCCAGAAUUUGCACGUUAUUUCCGAGAAGAUUACUAUCAAGAAAUAAAUAGGCAGAAUCCUCUUGGCAUGGUUGGUGAGUUGGCCUUAGCAUUUGGUGAAUUGCUCCGGAAGCUUUGGGCGCCAGGUCGAACUCCUGUUGCCCCUCGGCCAUUCAAAGCUAAGCUUGCUCGCUUUGCACCGCAGUUCAGUGGAUACAAUCAGCACGAUUCUCAGGAGCUCCUUGCUUUCUUGUUGGAUGGGCUUCAUGAAGAUCUUAAUCGUGUCAAACAUAAACCCUACAUAAAAUCUAAAGAUGCAGAUGGUCGACCUGAUGAAGAAAUAGCAGAUGAGUAUUGGGCAAAUCACAUUGCUCGUAAUGAUUCGAUUAUCGUGGAUGUAUGCCAAGGCCAAUACAAGUCAACUCUAGUUUGUCCUGUUUGUAACAAAAUCUCAGUUACAUUUGAUCCAUUCAUGUAUCUUUCAUUGCCUCUUCAAUUCACGUCAAACCGAAGUAUGACAGUUACAGUUUUCACGUGUGAUGGGAGUGCACCUCCUGCUGCUUACACUGUUGCUGUCCCAAAGCAGGGACGUUGCAGGGAUCUGAUCCAAGCACUUGCUAUUGCAUGUUCUUUGAAGCACAAUGAGAAGCUUUUGCUUGCAGAGAUACGGGGCCACAAUAUAUAUCAAUACCUGGAAGAUCCUCUAAUUUCAUUAGCUUCCAUCAGAGAUGAUGACCACCUUGCUGCCUACAAGAUUCCAAAAUUAGUGAAGAAUACAAAAUUUCUUCAGUUGAUACACCGCCGAGAAGAAAGGGAAACUGGUGGCGCUCAGGGUGCAAUGAGUUGGAAACCUUAUGGAACACCUCUUGUAUCAUCAAUCUUAUGUGAGGAUGUAAUUACAAGUGAUGACAUACAGUCAAUAGUUCACACCUUGCUUUUGCCGAUGUUAAGAGCUGAAAAUGUGGGGCAUCCCAGUUUGACUAGUUCUCGCACCUCAGUAGCAGCUUCAGAUUCAUCUCGAGCUGCUGGUUUAACUGAGGAAUGCACUGAAACCUAUGUUUCUGGACGACAUGGGAAUGGUGGCAGCUCGAGAGCGAGAAACUUGCAGAAACUUCCACUUGUGUUUGUUGAUGAAAAUAAUGUUUGCAUUGACUUAAGUGUUGGGGAGGAUAAGGCACUCAAGUACUCCUCAUCAUCACCAUCAAUACUUGUAUUUAUUGAUUGGUCAAAGAAGCUUUUAAAGAAUUAUGAUACACACUACCUGGAAAACUUGCCAGAAGUAUCAAGAUAUGGGCCCACUGCCAAGAAAGCUCGUACUGAGCCUUUGUCAUUGUAUACUUGCUUGGAAUCAUUUUUACGUGAGGAGCCGCUGGUUCCUGAAGACAUGUGGUACUGUCCUCGUUGCAAGGAGCGAAGACAAGCGAGUAAAAAGCUGGAUCUUUGGAGGCUUCCUGAAGUGCUUGUCAUCCAUCUUAAAAGGUUCUCGUACAGUAGGUCCAUGAAGCACAAGCUGGAAACCUUUGUCAAUUUUCCAAUCCAUGAUUUCGACUUGACAAAUUAUGUAGCCAACAAGAACAACUCACAGCGGCAGCUGUAUGAACUGUAUGCCUUGACAAAUCACUAUGGUGGCAUGGGAAGCGGGCACUACACAGCUCACAUUAAGCUUCUUGAUGAAAAUAGGUGGUAUAACUUUGACGACAGCCACAUAUCACCAAUAAAUGAAGAAGACGUGAAGUCUGCUGCCGCCUAUGUACUCUUUUAUAGGAGGGUCAAAGCUGAUAAAGCUAUUCUGAGCAUUGGAGCAUCAUAGGCUUCUGCUGAUUCCAUAACUCAAGUAGCCUCCAGAGACUAGUUCAUAUUUGUUUGUACAUGAAAUCGUUGUAGUGCUCUUUCAAAAUAUUCAGUAUGCUAACCCUUGGGCGGUUUUUGAGUCCCUGUGGGGUUAGGGAAAGCUUCACAAACAGGUACACUUUAUAGAAGAUUUUGGAUCAGAAUUUGAAACCUGCAGCAUGUCUUAGUUUCUGUUGCAACCUCCUAUGUCUCUGUUGUAUUUUGAGAGGCUAGAUGAAAUUGGCAAGUUUGAUGGUUAGUCUGACAUUUCUUAGUAACUCAGUCGAGAGAUUGUCUAGUCUAAACGGCCAAGAUUUAGAUAUUAAGCAGGUUUAGAGGUGCAGAUCGGAUUUUGUUUAUUGUAUUUUAGCAGAACAAGAUGCUGGUUGAUAUAUGUUCAAAGCCCAUUUAAAGAAAAAGGGUAGUGUAUUCUGUCACGA